UUGGAUAGUUGUUGGAUAGUCGAGAGAAAAAUGGCGAGGAUCACGUUGGAUCUUAUACGAAAGCGUUCGGAGCACAACGAGGGCGAGAUAUCAACGCUAGAGGAAAUCGCCUUGCAUCAGGAAAACAUAGAGAAGAUCGAAUUGAUCGACCGUACGUGCAAGGACUUGAGGAUUUUAUUAUUGCAGCACAACCUCAUCGCGAAGAUCGAGAAUCUGAGCAGACUGAAGAGACUAGAGUACUUGAACCUAGCCUUGAACAACAUAGAGGCCAUCGAGAAUUUAGAAGGUCUCGAAAGCUUGAAAAAGUUGGACCUGACGGUCAACUUCAUCGGCGAUCUACGAGGCAUUGACAAGCUAAGGUGCAACGAAAAUUUGGAGCAACUCUUCCUCAUGGGGAAUCCGUGCGCGGAUUACGACGGCUACAGGGAAUACGUGAUAGCGACGCUGAUGCAACUGAAGGAAUUGGAUGGGACUGUUAUCGAGCGAUCUGAACGCAUCAAAGCGUUGCAAGCCUGUGCUCGGAUCGAAGGAGAGAUUAUAAGGAGCUACGGGAGGUACAAGGAAACCAGGAAAGCGGAAAUACUUGCUCACGGAAGGUCACAAACGGAAAUCACUGAGGUCGAGAGUGAAGACGAGGAAGAGGAGAACGAGCAAUUUUGGCAGCGCACCAGUCACCACACGCCUGAGGAGCGCGUCGCCAUCGCCGAGAGGUGUCAACGUAGGGAGGAAAGAAGAAAUCGGGAAAAUAAUCAAAGAAACGUAGCGCCAACCUACGAGCCAAAGCUGUUCAGCGCAGAGGGCAAACCUUACAAUACGAAUCAGGCAAAGGUACCAUUCAAGCUGAUCGACGAGAACCACUCCGUUGUUCUGGAGAUCACCGUGUACAAGUGCGUGAGGCUAGAAAUCAUCCACUUCACGAGAGUUUGGUCUAGGUACCUGGACACACAAUACGUUGACGUGGACGUGCAACCAGAGUACGUUAGGGUAACGAUAAAGGGGAAAAUCCUGCAGUUGACCCUUCCCUGCGAGGUGUCUGUGGAUAAUAGCACGGCCAAAAGAAACACAACGAACGGCAAGCUGGUUAUAACGAUGCCACGCUUAAAGCCGUUGCCAGUCAUAAAGGCCAGAGUCACCAACUCGAACGAGAAACUCUCCAAAAUGAAGCGCAGUCGUGAAAUGGAACAAAAAUUGGGAACGACGAUGCGCCAAUACUUAGAAAUUGGCCCUGCCACGGAUCUAGAUUUCUCGAGGAUCGUCGGUAGAAGAAAGCCUGAUCGAGAGGUCGAACCUUCUUUCGGUAGGAGAGAUACUGAGAGUAUAUCGAGACAGGAGGAUUUUGCAGACGACAUGGAUGUGCCGCCGUUGGAAUAAUGAAGUUAUACUUUCUGGACACUGAUCUCUGUAUACUAGACAUGGUAUGGUGAUGCACAUCAAUUGCUAUAAGGGCGAGGCAUGUGAUUCAGAGAUGGCAUCUUACGUUUCCUACGCUCAUAAGCUCUGUACGACAUCCAAGGUACAGAGAUCGAUAUUCUAGGACUCUUGCUACGCUUACAAGCCCCAUAUCACACUCAGUAUACAAAAACCAGCGUUCCAGGAACCUGAACUGUUCG